AGUUUCUUUUCCCUUGAGAAAUCUGAAAUGUAAAAUCGCAUUCCGGCUCAAAAUUCUGCUGAGAGCCUCAGGCUAUUCCAUGGUCUCUGGCAAAGUCUUUCGACUUUGAUCCAACACGAUGGUUCAGUGCCUUUAAAAGAGAAACUAAAGCUCUGUGAACUUGGGGAUAAAAAUUCCUUGUUUCUGGAAUUCAAGGUGUAUGGAUGUAUGGUACUGCUCGCAUUUGUCCUAUGAGGCCACCUUGCAAACAAGAGCGCCAAUCCAGGCGCGCAGCUGCCUCCGGGUCUGCGGCCAGCUGCGGCACCGCGCGCCAGGUGGACUGACCGAGUGGCGCCCGGUGGACCGCGCCCGGGGACCGCGCCAGAGCCCGGCUACGGCUGUGCACUGGCUGAGCACCCCGUGGGCUGCGGUUCCCCCGCCUCGGAUGCCAGCCGGGCUGCACCCGCGGCUCGCCCGCAAGGGGAGCGCUAGGUCCCCGCAGACCGCCCUCCCGCUUGCUGCCGAUCCAGCUCCAGUGCGGAUUCCGGACACUCCUCCUGGAUUCGGCCAGCGCCUGCCCCACCCCGGAGCGUUCAGAUUUGCCAUGCUUACCUGGAUCCUGUGCAAAAGCAUAACCCGCUAGGUGGCACACAGGCGGGGGGGAGUGCAGAGCUUGCCUGUCUCUACCUGGACAGAAACGGAGAAGCAGUAUCUGGCAGGCGCAAGACUCUAGAAUGGGCUUCCCUGGUGAACAGAGUAGAAAGCUAUCCAGCCCAGUUGCCCACCUAUGACUACAGCGGGAGUGCUUUUCGAUUGUUCAGUUCAAGGGAAUGAAGAAUUCAGAGUAAUUUUGAUAAAUGGAUUGCAAUAUGGAGAAUUAAUUAAGAAUAAGCUGAACAUUUGAUCUGCUUUGAAGAAACAUAUUUUCCAUUUGUCUAGAGUAAUCUAUAAUCACCAAACCAAUCAAAAUGAAUUCAACAUUAUUUUCCCAGGUUGAAAAUCAUUCACUCUUCUGUAAUUUUUCAGAGAAUUCCCAGUUUUUGGCUUUUGAAAGCGAUGAUUGUCAUCUGCCCUUGGCCAUGAUAUUUACAUUAGCUCUUGCUUAUGGAGCUGUAAUAAUUCUUGGGGUCUCUGGAAACCUGGCCUUGAUUAUAAUCAUCUUGAAACAAAAGGAGAUGAGAAAUGUUACCAAUAUCCUGAUUGUGAACCUUUCCUUCUCAGACUUGCUUGUUGCCAUCAUGUGUCUCCCCUUCACAUUUGUCUACACAUUAAUGGACCACUGGGUUUUUGGCGAGGCGAUGUGCAAACUGAAUCCUUUUGUGCAAUGCGUUUCAAUCACCGUGUCCAUUUUCUCUCUGGUUCUCAUUGCUGUGGAGCGCCAUCAACUGAUAAUCAACCCACGAGGGUGGCGACCAAGUAACAGGCACGCUUACAUAGGUAUUGCGGUCAUCUGGGUCCUUGCUGUGGUUUCUUCUCUACCUUUCCUCAUCUAUCAAGUAUUGACCGAUGAGCCAUUCCAGAAUGUAACACUUGACGCAUUCAAGGACAAAUACGUGUGCUUUGAUAAAUUUCCAUCGGACUCCCACAGGCUGUCUUAUACAACUCUCCUCUUGAUGCUGCAGUAUUUUGGCCCACUCUGUUUUAUAUUUAUUUGCUACUUCAAGAUAUACAUACGCUUAAAAAGGAGAAACAACAUGAUGGACAAGAUGAGAGACAAUAAGUACAGGUCCAGUGAAACCAAAAGAAUCAACAUCAUGCUUUUGUCCAUUGUGGUGGCGUUUGCAGUCUGCUGGCUGCCCCUUACCAUCUUUAACACUGUGUUUGAUUGGAAUCAUCAGAUCAUUGCAACGUGUAACCAUAAUCUAUUAUUCCUGCUGUGCCACCUUACAGCAAUGAUAUCCACUUGUGUCAACCCCAUAUUUUAUGGAUUUCUGAACAAAAAUUUCCAGAGAGACUUGCAGUUCUUCUUUAGCUUUUGUGAUUUCCGGUCUCGGGAUGAUGACUAUGAGACAAUAGCCAUGUCCACCAUGCACACGGAUGUUUCCAAGACAUCUUUGAAACAAGCAAGCCCAGUCGCAUUUAAGAAAAUCAACAAUGAUGAUAAUGAAAAAAUCUGAAACUCCUGUAAGCAUAUGGUCCCAGAUGACAUCUGUCUAAAAACAAGCACAAUCUCCAACAUCCUUUUGUUACCUGUUCCCCCAAGGGAAUGAGGUUGUACUCAUUUAAGAAAGACCAAGAUUUGCUUGUCUUGCUUUUUACUGCUUUUAUUGUAGCUGUCUAAUUACACUGGGACAAAAUGUACGGGCUUUGGAAUCUUCUGGGCAAUAGUUUUGACCAGAUAUCCUUGAAGUGCUUUUUGUAAACUUCUGCAUAUAAUAUGAAGAAUUUUAUAUUCAAUUUGUUGGAAUUAAGUUUCUUUAGAGUAUUACUAUUGACUGACUUUAGAAGCACUACAUCUGAAACUCAUUAGGUUAGGCCAUCCUGGGUUGAUUAGAUUGGAUGGUCAUUGUGUUGGGCAAUCCUGAUGUAAUGAUAGACAUAUUUUAGUCUGUUACAGAGGGGACAGCAUACAAAAGCAGCAUUCAAGAUGUGGAGCUAAGCCUAUGUCUUGCAGACCUACAGUCUGAAGUCACUGAGGAGUGGUUUGCAUUUUUCUUUUAAGAUUUAAAACAGGAUUUAAUUUGCUCCUGAUUAUCACUUGAGAUGAAAAUGCAUAAAACAGAUUUCUCAGCUGUGAAUAUCAUGGGGAAUUGGGCCACCCACAAGAAUUAAGUGGGAAAGCAGUUUUCUAACUUCAAAACUAUUUUGGUACCUGACAACCAAAGGAUUUCAGAGCAAUUAAUUUAACAAGCAAAUCAGUAUUGCAGCAAAUAGUUGAAUUAUAUUCAUCUGAAUUGUUGGUCCAGCGGUUUUCCAUUCUUCACAGACUGUUCAGUGUUUGUCGAGCUUUCUAGCAUAAAUCUAUAUGUGACUCAAAAGGCAUUUCCAGCUUACAAUAUAUAAAAACACAAAGUGUAUUUUCCAUACAUCAGUGCCUACAUAGUAACUCAUUUUUAACUUUUUCAAUGUCCAUUCUUCAAAGAAGGACACCAAAGUAUACUGUUAAAAGAAUGUUCACCCUGGCUAGCAGGGCUAAAUACCUGAAAACUGAGAACAAUUCAUAUAGCCCAUAUUAACUUGUAUCAACUGUGUGCCUUGUGGAGUCUUAUAAAUAAUGUACUUUAUAGAGUACUAAGUGGUUGUGUCAUGUUAAUAUACUUAAUUUUAUGUAUUCUGUAAUCGUGAUUGAGCCUCAGAAUCAUUUGGAGCAAAGAUAUUUUAAAGAACAAGAUAUAACUUUGGUGUAUUAUGAAAGUAUUAAAUGUGUUUGAUUUUAGAAAGACAGACAUUUUCUGUAUUAAAAUUGGUUUUGC